AUGGCCUUCAAUUUUAACUGGUCGCCUCUGAUGGCUGAUGCUGGAUUCUAUACUCGCGCUCAAGAGCUACUCACUACUGCCUUGAACAAGUCGCCGAAACCUCCGAUCAUUGUGGGCGACAUCACAGUCACGGAACUGAAUCUGGGAUCUAUACCACCAGACCUUGAAAUUCUUGAGAUAGGGGAUCUGGCAGACGACCGGUUCCGCGGAAUAUUUAAAAUGUCCUACUCUGGAGAUGCUUAUCUCACUCUGAAAACUUGUGUUCAGGCCAACUCUCUAAACACUUACAUGGUGACCCGGCCAUCGUUUACUUCUCCAUGUCCCCUUGCAGCAGACCAAGGCCUCACUAUACCACUACAAAUAACUUUGUCAGAUAUCAAACUUUCUGGCUUUGUAGUGUUGGUCUUUUCUAAGCAAAAAGGAAUCACUCUGGUCUUUAGAAAUGACCCCCUUGAGUCGCUAAAGGUGUCAUCAACUUUUGAUUCUAUCCCAUUCGUUCGAGACUAUUUACAACGAACCAUCGAGGGUCAGCUUCGCUUAUUAUUUAUGGAUGAGCUUCCUGCUAUUAUCCACCGACUAUCUCUUCGACUAUGGGUGCCAGAGUUUCGCGGGCAGGAUGUCGAAGCACAGGCUGACGAAGAAGCGGGCCCAGGUCAAGAUCCAUUACUUAGCCCACCCCAAGACCCUGUUGAUGCUUCCGGAAAUGUUUUGAGCGUUGCCCAGAUAGCUUCUUUGUCUCUGGACUCUGGAGUUGAAAUGCACUCUCUAUUCUCUCAGAGAAAUCUUGUCCGACUUGCCACGCUAACGGACUCUCAACGGACACUUUCACUAUUCACUCCAACAAUACAUGACGUCGUUUUCAGAGCGCUUACCGGAGCUAUGGAACAAUCCGAGUACCACGGAGGCUUGAUCUCCCCCAUUAGUCCUCCUCUUUCUAGGACUCACUCUCAUGCUGCGUCUCUCCAAUCUCUGCAGGAAUCGUCAAUGAGUAAAGCAUCUCUAGGCUCCCCACUGAGCGGAUACGGUUCUCUCACGACUAGCGCUGGCCGCCACCCAAGAGCACGUCCCUCAAGGAAACACAAGCGGCGUGUUGUGGACUUACGAAAGUCAAAAAAGUCUGAUGACACUUCCAGUACAUGCACUGAGAGCGAAUAUACUGUCUCUACUGAUGCAUCAACUGUUUUUUCAUCCUCUGCAAGAGCGGGAGAGAAACCCGAUGAUCCUAUUACUCCACCGAUCUCCCCUGAUGCUACUAUAAAAGUAAAGGAUCGUUCACGAGUGCCGGCUGUGCAAGGACUAGGCCCAUCUGUCAGUGCUAAUACUGCCCAGCCUACCCCGUCAGCCGAAGGUGAAAAGAAGCCUCUUAGUAACGGGGAACCUUCGCAUAUUCCUCGUCAAAAUACCCCUACCCUAGAAGCCCAUCAGCAAGGUAGUGACAACACAACCUCCCUGAAUGGGGUCCCACCCAACGUACUGUCAUUUGUGGCCGCGAGUCAGGACCGAAGCAUUUUAGAGCAGGCUUGGAUGAUGAAGUUAGCAAACGAAAUCAACCGCAGAAUCCAAGAAAGCAAAGGUCCUGGUAGCGUGGGCAGUGCCAGCAACUACUGCAGACACCAAACCCGAGAUCCUUCGCCACCUCCAGCAUACGGACAGUGA